AUGCUUUCCCGCGCAGCUCCCCGAGCUCUGCUCAACUCCGUGCGUCCAGUCCGCACACCAUCCUCAACUUCAACGCUCCUCCGCACCAUCCGCCCAAGCUCCGCACCACACUUCGCCCGCUCAUUCCAGUCUUCCCCGACAAUCCGCAAGGGCAUCCACCCGGAAUCGUCAAACCCUCCAGCUCCAAACCCACAGUCGGCGCCCGUUGCCGGCGCCUCUGCCCACGUCACUGAGCCGUCGCCGUUGACGCCGGAGCAGUACUACGAAUACUCGGAGCAUUAUUUCAAUGUGCUGCAGAGCGAGCUGGAGAAGGCGCAGGAGGAGGGGUCUGAUAUUGAGGCCGAGUAUAGUGCCGGUGUCUUGAAUAUCUCCGUCCCUGCACUUGGCACCUUUGUGCUCAACAAGCAGCCUCCCAACAAGCAGAUCUGGCUUAGCUCGCCUAUCUCUGGGCCGAAGCGGUACGACUGGAUUGUUGAGGGUGAUUAUAUGCACGAGAAGCAGGAAUCCCGGCCUUUCGUUAGUGGGCAGUGGAUUUACUUGCGUGAUGGGUCGAACUUGACUGAUUUGUUGAAUGCUGAGUUGAGCUUGCGUCUGCCGAAGGAUAUUUACAACGAGGUUGUUGAGUGA